AUGAGUAGCAGUGAAGAAAUCUCUUGGAUAUCAUGGUUUUGUGGUCUACGUGGAAAUGAAUUCUUCUGUGAAGUCGAGGAAGACUAUAUUCAAGAUCGAUUCAACCUUACCGGUUUGUCGGAGCAAGUUCCUAAAUACCGUGAUGCUCUCGAUAUGAUACUUGAUUUAGAAACUGAUCCUUCUGAUCAUCCAGAAGAUACUGAUGUCAUUGAACAAGCUGCUGAAAUGCUAUAUGGACUAAUACACUCUAGAUACAUUCUAACGAAUCGUGGCAUUUGUUUUAUGGUGGCAAAGUGGCAGCAAGGAGAUUUCGGUUAUUGCCCUAGAGUAUAUUGUGAAAGUCAACCAUGUUUACCAGUUGGUCUAUCAGAUGUUCCUGGUGAAGCUAUGGUUAAGAUAUAUUGUCCUAGAUGUCAGGACACCUAUACACCGAAAUCCACUCGUCAUCAUCAUACAGAUGGAGCGUAUUUUGGCACUGGUUUCCCGCAUAUGUUGUUUCUAGUUCAUCCAGAGUAUAGACCAAAACGAGCUAGUAAACAGUUCACUGCUAGGUUAUUUGGCUUUAAAAUACAUCCUUUGGCUUACCAACUACAAUAUCAAGCUGCUGCUAAUUAUGUUAUGCCUGUACGCCCUGGUUUCCCAAAACGUACAUAA